AUGAAGUUGGCUCUGCUCUUCACCCUCUUGCUGCUGCUGCGCCUUCUGCCUUGGGGCGUGACCCAGAGCACGGCCCCUGCUCCCACCGAAGACCCCUUGAUGCUGAACGAGACCAACGGAUCGAUGUGCGCCCAGUGGCUGUACGGGACGGAGCCGCCGCAGGUGGAAGCUUUCCAGUGCGCGGGGCAACCCGACGGCGCCGAAGUCAAGUUCUGCUGCGGGACCUGCGACCAGACGCGCAAUUGCUCCUUCGAAGAGCUCGCCGAGGGCUCCACUGCGCGCCCCACCGACCGCGGCCCAGAGCCCUGCCCUCCUUUAUCUACACUGACAUGUAAGGCGGCCACCUCUCGCCAUUUCUUAGCACCUGGAGUGGCCACUACCUGGGCAUAGCUGUCAACGUUUUCCUUUUUUUAAAGGGAAACUCCCUUAUUCCGAAUAGGAUUCUUCGCAAGAAAAGGGAAAUGUUGACAGCUAUGUACCUGGGACUAGGUCUGCACGCACACCUGCCGUUCUGUCUCUUUUAGACACGGGUCCCCCGCUCCCUUUCGGUCUAUUGCUCUCUUCUCCGCCCUUGAACUGGGGAUGCGGAUCAGAGGCUCCACUCCACGGGGAGGGCACCUUCGAAACCCCUUCCGCCUCUCCAAGAAGGCUGCGCGCUUUCGUUGGGAGGCUGGGAACGGGAACUCUCUUAGGGUGAAGCCCAGCUGGCAGAAAACCUGGGGGGAGGGCAAGAAGGCCUUCGAAGGUGCUUCAAAGGGGUCGUGUGGGCCCAGUCUUAUACUACACUAAGUCUUUAAGUGCCUGAAAACUCUGGGUUGCCACGGGCGGACUAGCUUGCUGACGACUCUGCAAGUAGCUCUGAAAGGCUUGGGCAAGAUUUGUAAACGGGGUGGGGGCCGGCGACUUCUCUCGGCGAAGUCCGGGGAGUCCUAAUUUCUAGGCCGCUCCCGUGUGAGACGCGGGGGGGGGGGGGGUUAGCCUGAGAUACUCUACCUCACAUGCUAGCCAUACUCGCCCCCCGGCGUUUUGGUUAAAAUCCCCCACUCGAUUCCUGGGGUGUCCAGUUUGUACCCUUGAGCAGAACAAUCAAGCAAAUGGGUAACAGAACCAGCACUUAUCAUUGUCUUUCUUUUUUCCCAGUCUGGGUGAGGAUGCUCUGGUUCUCUGCAGGCAUUUUUGUUACUUUGGUAGUCCACUGGGGUUUUCCCCGCACUCGCGGAAGAUUUUGGCAGAGGAAGGCAAACACCCGUGAAAGACAGGAUGAGAGCGACCUAGAGGCCGGCUCUUCUCUGAGACCCCGUGAGCACCGUGGCUCCUCCACUGCCUACUCCAGAUCGGCUCCACCGUCGCCUGCUGGUGCAGCGCGUCUUCCAGGUUCCCGUGGCCGUCCUGCUGCUGCAUCCAGCAACGCACCGAGUGUCCAGCCCCAAGCUGGGAAUGAGAGAAUCCCACUCCGAAUUGAGCCUUCUCCCUUGCUGCCGAACCCGGGCGGCAGAAGACCCCGGGCUCGGUCCACCUAUUAG